AUGGUCAAAGAUGAAAGGUUUCAGCUGCGGGUGGCGCUCUACAUCGCUGCCUUUCAAGGCCACUUGGACUUGGCUGACUGGCUGCUGGAGAGAGACGUGUAUGCUGGGGACCCUGUAGGCAUCCAUCCGUACCGCCAGUGGUGCCACCAAACUGCCCACCCGGAUGUUGCAAAGUGCCCCGUGCAGGUAGCUGCCGAACGCGGUCAGCUCCUCAUCCCCAAACUCUUCAUCGCCAAUGAUAGCUCGACGUUGGACUGUCGAGAUCCGGUAGUUCGUGACCCUUUGAAGGUGGCCAUCAGGCACAGGCACGGGGAGUGCGUGCGCUAUUUGGCCACCAAGCUGUGCUCAGUGGUGUCGCUGCCUUUCAUAUUUCUAUCCAUGCCGACUUUCCCGCGGAUAAAAUACUGGGUGAGUCUAGGGCGAAACAGGGUGCCAUCUGGGCACCGUCGGGGAUCCAGGACACGGUUGAAAGCCAGAGUUGGGAACGCGGUGCUGGUAGACGGCAUCACCCAGCCAAAGAUGCCCUCCAAACCCAGGAAGUGGAGCAACAGGGACAGCAGGGUCUUCAGAACCAAAGCCCUUCAGCAUUUACCCUCUCUCUGCAACUCACCUCAGGCUCUCCAUUUGCCCUCCAACUGGGCGACUCAGCAGGUAUCGCUGCCGCCGGUCCGCCUGGGUUCUGCUGAGACUGGCAAUUCCAAGGGGAUAUGGAGGAAACGCCUGGAGUUUGACACCCCUGCUCUAUGGCAUGCGAUCAAAUUCAACCACAGCAGUCAAUGGAGGAGCCUCAUUCCACUCCCGCCAAUCACCCGAGACGCCAAUGAGAGGCUACCGUUAGUCGACAUCUCUCCAAACUCCUCCCACAUUCUGACUCCAGCUGUGGGGUCUUUCUCCCAUCGCUGUGGCUGCACCCCCAGAGAAAAUGCCGUAUACUGCCUGGCUGUUGCCAGUACCUUCACGGAGAAAAGCUGGACACAGCAGCUGUCCAUAGACGCACUCUGGUCAGGAAGACUAUCCAGAACCGGACCUGACACCACAGACCCGGAGGCAGACCGAACUACUGGUCCCUGCGACAGACAUUAUCCAUCAUGA